AUGACAUGCUGGAUCAGCUAUCCGGGUCUAAAGUCUUCUUUAAAAUUGACCUUAAAAGCAGCCAUCACCAAGUUCGGAUCAAGGAGGGAGAUGAAUAGAAGAUCGCCUUCAAGACUAAGGAAGUCGCAGCGAAGAACAUUUGCAGCAUCUUCGUCAAGUAUUGACAUCUUACAAGAAAGUGAGCUAGUUAUUAAUCUUAAGAAGUGCAUUUAUAUGACGGAGCGUGUUCUGUUCCUGGGAUUCGUUGUUAGUACAGAAAGGAUACAUGUUGAUGAGCAGAAGAAAGAGAAAGUGCAGAAAUUUGCUUGGACUGAUGCUGCCAACAAUAGCUUUGAAAAGAUUAAAGAUAAGCUUACUUCUGUCCCUUUUCUUGCUCUACCCAAUUUUGAUAAAUUGUUUAAGGUUAAAUGUGAUGCUUGUAGAGUUGGGAUUGGUGGAGUGUUGUUACAGUCUAAAAGGCCUAUUGCUUUCUUUAGUGAGAAAUUGAAUGAACCUAGGAAAAAGUGGUCCACUUAUGAGCAGUAG